AUGUCCGGCCGCUUGAGCAGGACGGAGACAUGGACUCUGCUGUCUUUGUCCGCGGCGUGCUUUGCAGUCCUUGUGAACACAUUUCAGGGCGACGGUGAGCCGCUCAUUGCAUCACUCGUUUUUAGCGGAAUUGCCUUCUCCUUCACUUAUGCUCUAAUACGAUGGCUGGGCGACACCUUCAUUCGAGCUGGUCUCAAGGGCAGAGACAUGUGCAAGACGAGAAAUGGGGAGAUCCCGGAGACCAUGGGCGCUGUUUGUGCAGUGGUGUACCUGCUCGCAAUAAUCAUUUUCAUACCAUUUCCGUUCUACAAAGACAUCGUAGCAGCAACAUCCGGGGGAGGGAAUAGAGACCUAGUCCUGGAGGUCGAGCAUGUAGAAACUGGACGCUUUCUCCACAGAUUCCCCCAUAGCAAGCUCGCAUCUUACCUUUCAGCCAUCAUCACUCUCCAAGCAAUCGUCCUGCUUGGCAUAGGCGACGAUCUCUUCGACAUCCGCUGGCGCCACAAACUCUUCAUCCCCGCCUUCGCCUCGAUCCCCAUGCUAACCGUGUAUUUCGUCGACUUCGGGGUGACCCGGAUCGUGAUCCCCACGCCUCUGCGCCCCUACCUGGGCGAGCUCUUCGACCUCGGCUGGCUCUACUACGCCUACAUGGCUGCAAUCUCCAUGUUCUGCCCCAACAGCAUCAACAUCCUCGCGGGGAUCAAUGGCAUCGAAGUCUCCCAGUCCAUAGUCAUAGCACUGCUCAUCGCGCUAAACGACUGCUUGUACAUCUUGCAGCCGAACCAAACCCCGCCGCACCCGGCGUUGGACUCCCAUCUCUUCUCGCUCUACCUACUUCUCCCUUUCAUCGGCGUCUCCCUCGCGCUGUGGUACCACAACUGGUACCCAGCGAAGGUCUUCGUGGGAGACACGUACUGCUACUUCGCGGGCAUGGUUUUCGCUGUCGUCGGCAUAUUGGGCCAUUUCAGCAAGACGUUGCUGCUGCUGUUCAUACCGCAGAUCCUCAACUUCCUUUACUCGGCGCCGCAGCUCUUUCACCUCGUGCCAUGCCCACGGCAUCGGUUACCGCGCUUUAACGCCCGCACAGGGCUGCUGGAGCCCUCGGUCGCGGAGUUCCAGCGGCCACUUUGGAGGCCGGUGGCGACUGUUAUGAAGCUGCUGCAUAAGCUGCGGUUGUUAAGGAUAAAGACGGACGAGAAGGGCGAGGUUGUGGAGUCGACAAACUUCACCAUUAUCAACCUUUGGCUGGUGAUGUUCGGCCCGAUGCGGGAAGACCGGUUAGCCAUGGGUUUGCUGGCGUUUCAGACGGCAUGCGGGUUGGCCGGGUUAUUUGUUAGGCACAAGCUUGCGCUCUGGGUGUUUACGCAGGAUAAUCUGUAA